UGCAGUGUGGGUGUCAGUCCCUGGCCAGGAAUAAAGGCCAUUAAAUUCUCAAUUUGCAUGACUCCAAUCUUUGACAAUCUCGCCCCACAACAGGCAGCACUGUCUAAUAGAAGUAGGUAUCAUGGAAGCCACAUUCACAACUCAAAACUGUAGCCACAUUAAAUAUAAGUAAAAUGAAUAUAUCCAAACAUCGCUCAUAAGCUAUUUUACAUUUAAUUACAUCCUCUAAAUCUGGUGUGCACGUUCAGACUUGCCACAAUCUAAGACCUCGGAUACUACAUGUGGCCAAUGCCUCAUGACAGCACCAUCUUGAAGUCAACCGGAUUAUCCCUUAUGCAGAAUCAGUAACUCCUCCUCAAUUCUUGCCCUCUAUCCUUGUUAUCUUGAAACCGAGAGGGUAAGCUCCUUGAGGAAUUACUGUCUCAAGACAUCACUUUCACAGCAUUGGUCUGGCCUACAACAGCGCCUACUAAAAUAGAGGUAACUAAAGAACCCGUGUGCAAAAAAGAACACCGAAGGUGGAUCCUAGGCCAGGACGAAAACGAUCAGAAAAGCAAAAAAAUGCUUUCAGAACAGACAGCAGUUCUGGGGACAGGAUGGGAAUCAAUGAAUGUACAGCUGGAUGGAGCAGAGCAUCAGGUGGAAAGGGGAAGCCGGGAAGAGGGCCCAUGGAGAACAGCUCCAGGGCCACUAGAGCAUCUGUGCUGUGAACUUGAAGAGGAGCCACAGUCCCUUCAGGAGAAGGCUCAGUCUGCUCCCUGGGUUCCUGCAGUUCCCCAGGAGGGGAGCACUGGAGAUUGGGAGAUGGCAGCUGCACUUCUUGCAGCUGGUUCACAGGGCCUCGUCACCAUUAAGGAUGUGUCACUGUGCUUCUCUCAGGAGGAAUGGCGGAGCCUGGAUCCCUCUCAGACAGACUUUUAUGGAGAAUACGUCAUGCAGGAAAAUUGUGGCAUAGUGGUCUCUCUGAGAUUUCCGAUUCCCAAACUGGACAUGCUUUCUCAACUAGAAGGAGGAGAAGAACAGUGGGUUCCUGACCCCCAAGACUUAGAGGAAAGGGACAUUCUAAGGGUCACAUACACAGGUGAUGGAAGCGAACAUGAGGGAGAUACCCCUGAACUAGAAGCAGAACCUCCCAGGAUGUUAUCCAGUGUGUCCGAAGAUACUGUUCUCUGGAACCCCGAACAGGAUGAGAACUGGGAUUCCAUGCCCAGAAGUUCUAGAGGAAUGCACCCGAACCCACCUUUUCUUCAGGAAAAUAGUUUCUCAAACCUUCUGUGUAGCACAGAGAUGGAUUCUCUGUUAAGACCUCACACAUGCCCCCAGUGUGGGAAACAAUUUGUGUGGGGCUCCCACCUUACCAGGCAUCAGCAAAUACACACUGGAGAGAGGCCCUACAGCUGCCUCAAGUGUGAGAAGAGCUUUGGGCGAAGACAUCACCUAAUUCGGCACCAGAAAACCCACCUACAUGACAAGCCCAGCAGAUGCGCCGAGUGUGGCAAGAAUUUCCGAUGCAAUUCCCAUCUGGCUAGCCACCAGAGAGUGCAUGCAGAAGGCAAAUCCUGUGAGGGCCAAGAGGUUGAAGAGACCCCUGGGUCUAGGAAACGGCAGCGCACCCCAGCGGUGCCAAAGUGCCAUGUGUGCACCGAAUGUGGGAAGAGCUUUGGCCGAAGGCACCACCUGGUGAGGCAUUGGUUGACCCACACUGGGGAAAAGCCCUUCCAGUGCCCUCGCUGUGAGAAGAGUUUUGGCCGCAAACAUCACCUGGAUAGACACCUGCUGACUCACCAGGGACAAAAUCCCAGGAGUACCUGGGACAGAGGGAUGUCUGUCUUUUGAAAUCUGUUUCUGCUGCAACUCUAGUCAAGUCUAUUAACUGGUGCUACCAAGAGUUACUGCCAGGGCUACUGCCCCCUCCUGUACCCCAGUGGCCAGAAUCAUGAUUCCUGGCCCCAACCCUUGAAAGAUGAGUUUUUUAGCAUUGGCCAGAAUAUUUCUCACCAGUUCUGUGAGAUACUACAUGAAAACAGAAUUCAUGGGAAGCAGAAUUCAUGUACUUUUAGGGAACAGUGCAUAUUGCAUGGGCUGAUAUUCAGCCUGAGCCCAUUCUCAAGGGUAGAGUGGCAUCAGCAUUUUAUGGCUAAGGUCCAUUCUGAUUGGUCUGUGCCAUAUCAGUUGUUAAAUAUUUUGAGUAUCACCCUUAUAUACUUUAAUUAUUAUAUUUUCUCUGUAUAGAAACAGAGAAAGAAAGACCAUUUUACCAUAUCUGAAAAAUUCUGUAGUAGAGCAAAGUUUUAAGUUUCUGUUAUUGAAUUGUUUUCUAAAUAUAUUCGACCUUGGUAUCCUUUCUAUUUCACAUCCCACAGAACUGGUGACUCUGAAACACACUUUGGUAUACCAUGGGCUAGAGAGUAAUGAGGAAACAAGAAAGAUAGUGAUCAAGCGCCCGAUUCCAACCCCCUCCACUUUAUCCUUAUGAAAGUUAGGGGGAAGACCUUAUUCCUGUGUGGGUCAAUCACCGUAUUUACAUCUACACUUCUCAUUCCUACCUGCUAAAAGUGGAAUAACCUUUUCAUCCCUUAUUCCUACUCCCUUCAUCUUGCACAUACAUGUAUCCAACUGAGAGAUCACAUUACAAUACUAAGAGAUAUAUGUUACACUCCCCAAGUAACCCAGGCCCACACAGAAGAAAAAACUUUAUCCCCCUUAAACCCCUCUCCUCUGAACUGUGUCUUUUUGUGUACAUGUGUAUAUGUGUGCUUCGUCUUUGAAGAGAGCAUGCUAAGUGCAAACUGUACAAGCUAGGUUUUCUAGGGGCUGUGUUCUGGGCAUGAGGGUAGUGGGGAUUGUAUGGGGUUUUUUUUGUCUGGUUUCAGAAUAGGAAGUAUUCUGAGUGAUUAAGGGAGCCCUAAUAGAAAGGGUUAAAUGAUGCAUUAAGUUGUGGAGUUGAAUACAAAGCUUUCCCCAGUAUUACUUAGAUCAAGACAGUUGUGGGUACAUAUGUCUAGGUCUGAAUCUUUGGGUCAAAGAUUUUUUUUUUUCUACUUGGAAAGAGAGAAAAAGAAGUCUUUAGUAAGGCAAGUCAUGUCUUGUUGAUUUAAAGCAAAGCACAUAUGGAAGCUUUGUACUGAGGUUUUUUUUUUUCUUUUUUUUUUUUUUGUCUUAUUUCAUUUUAAGCGUUGAGAAAUUAGGACAGGAGUAAUGAUUGUGUUUGCAAGGUAUUGUUACCACUCUUUUUUGACUUUGAUUGCCUCCUUAAAGGAGGAAGACUUAUUCCCAAGGAUCUCAUCCUCCCAGAAACGGAACUUUAGGGAAAAUGGCUGUGGCUUAGUUUUUCAGAUGAUGCAGGGUAACGAGCUUUCUGGUUGGUUUCUCCCUUGGUGUGGACACCAAGACUCUCAACCCUAGGACUUGCAUAAGUACCCUAGCAUCUGUUGGUUGAAGAGCUGGUCAUUGUUUCUCUUUUUAUUGAUGAUUGUGUUAAUACCAGUUUUAUAAUUUAAAAAUUAUCUUGUAUGUAAGAGCAGUUUGGGGUUAGGGAGGAAGAGGAGUAAAGAGGAUAAAAGUAGGACAUCUUCUCUUUAAUGCAUAGAUUUUGGCUUUUCCCUCAGAUGCUUAUUUCUCAACCAUAAAUUGGUGUAAUUAACCAGAGAGGCAAGAGGAAGUGAACCACAACAAUCUAUUGAGUUGUUGGAAAAAUAAUGACAUAUUUUUUCACAGAAAAAAUACAUCAUGACUUUUCUGACAACCCAAUAAUUUAGUGAUUGUCCAUUUGCUUGGGAGAAACUGGAUGAGUCACAGUUCUUCAGAGUCCUGGAUCCAAGUGGUAUUGAAAAUAGGAUCGUUUUGCUGACUGGGCUUCAUAAAGUAAAAGUGACGUGACCAGUCCAGCCCUAACCCCUUCUAAUACUCAAAAUAGCCUUCCUUCUUUGCCUGGAAUAUACUUCUCUUGCUUUUAUAUUCCUAUGACUAAAGAAAAAUGGACAGUCCUUUGUAAGUCAGGCUUUGACCUAAGAAAAUACUAGGUUCCAAUGGUAAAACUAGACUGUACUGUUUCUUUUAUCCACCCAGUUUAAUAUAAAUCUUUAAUAUAAAUAAGCUUUACCUAAGCAAUGAUUUGGAAUCUGUUUUGGAUCACAGACUUCUUUGGGAAUCUUACAGAAACCAGAAACUCACUUUUGAGAAAAAUAGAUAUUUGUAAUUCAGUUGUGUAUACACAUUUAGCAGGUUCAGUGUCCAUCCGUGGAGCUGCUAAACUAGCGUCAAAGAAGAGAAAUUACCCUGGCCCAAUAUGGUCAUUAUGUAUUUGAAUCAAGAAUUACAAGGCAGGGAUCACGAACUGUUUUAAAGACUAAGAUACCAGAGGCAUCAGGAUAUGAGGAUAGAGUCUAGUCUUCAAAGACUAGAAGAGUAUUUAUUGUUCUCAUAAAAGAUACAACAUGCUGACAAAUCCAGUUCCUCGCAAACCUUAUUUUAAAGACUUAUGGCAAAUGAUAGUCCUUACUAUUAGAUUAUGCCUCUUAAUAUCUACAUAUUAACCUCCAACCUUUUAUCUGUUUUAUAACU